AUGGAUAGCGACGGAGAGAAUAAUAGCGUCGUCUCGUCGACGCGCCGGAUCCCGGAACAGAAGCUGUCCGUAAGUCUGGCUAUUCCCGUCAUAUCCCCGGGCAAUGGGUCGCUGAUACUCCGUAGUGCGAUCAAUGCAGACAAAGAAAGGUCAAAUGUGAUCGAGUGGAUCCAUGUGGACCUUGUCAAAGGAAACAGAUACACUGCUCUUACCCAGCCGGCUUCAAAACACGAGCAAGACGGACGCGUGCUAUGGUAUCUGAUGGAUAACAAGCUGAACCACAUCUCGCAAAAACUCGACCAAAUCAGCCUCGCAGUCAACAACAUCACGUCCCCCCUCCCCCAUUUGCAAGGAAGUUCAUCAGCAGCCCAUACCGCUCUGACGUCCCACAUCACCCCAAAGUCUUACACAGACUCUCCUGUGGAGGAGGAUGCAUCCAAUGAUGAUUCGACAUCAGAGCUGGAUGGCGACGUUACGCUGACUACUCAGGCGACAUUCGCGACGAACUUUCUGGAGCAGGCAGUCAACAGCAAUAAAGGAUCCGAUCAACCUUCCGAGGUUGAGAAAAGUCUGGACGCUUUACGGAAGAAUCCUGUCUCCGACCGGACAAGGAGGGUAUCAAUUACCCCCGAUGCACUUAGCCAUGAUGGCGAUACAGAAACUGCGAGGCGAGUCAUUCCAAUGUUGACAAAACGUGUAAUAACAGAGUUCUCAGAGUCGCCCAGGUUGAAGUGCUUCUGGUGCAUCGAAUUCAACACCAUCGGUCAAUUCGUAGAGUAUUUCAUGACAGUCUAUUUCGGCAAACCCACCCUCGCCGACCUCAUCAUCACGCACGCGGGACUACAACGACUCUUACUUGAAUGCGCCAAGUUGGAACAAAACGAGACGCUCAAGCCUGAGUUUCUGACACAGGGGAUGAUCUGUCGACAGAAUCUGGAAACCAUCCUUGCUGGACUUCCGUUUAAUUUACCUUGUACAUUUGACUACGUCCUUGCUCUGUACAUGGCGGCAACGUAUUAUCUCGAUAGAUGCCGCAUAUCACUCUCCUGGAACACCCUCGCUGCCGCAGCCCAAAUGUGCCAACGCCUAGGCCUCAUCCGCGAAACCCUCCCAAAGCCAGAAACACGCGAAGAAAAACAGCGACGAGGAAAAUUAGUAUCAUGGAUCCACAUGAUAGACAAGAUGCUCUCCAUGCGUCUGAGUCGUCCAUCGCUUAUACGCGCUGGUGAAAUCACGAUCAAUUUUGAAGCGCUGGAGGCGUUUGGGAGCGAUGGAUUACCUCCGAUUCUGGCGAAGUGGACUGACGUCUGUGACUUACAAGGGAGGGUGUAUGACGACUUGUACUGUCCCAGAGCGUUGAUGCUAGGCGAUGAUGUGAGAGCGGAGAGGGCGAGGCAAUUGGCGGGGGAACUUAAGGCGGUUUUUGAGAGUAAAAGUGCAACUGAGGACCGGUUUAUCGAGGAAUCGAGGCAAGGUGUUGGCGACACACUGACAGACCUCUUCCAAAGAGCCGACCAGAUCGCAUACCUAUCCAUGCUUUGUCUCAUCUACAGAGCCAUCAAACCAAAGACCUCAACAUCCUCGGCGUUCUGCGACGAGUGUCUCGAAGUAGCGAAACAGGCUCUUGACGAACACAGGAUAUGCUUGUCGAUCCUCAAGGAAGGCGAGGCGGGUAUGCUUGAGCACUACGUGCAUUGGGCAUUCAUGGCAGUGCCAUUGAUACCAUUCAUCGUCCUCUUCUGCCAUGCCAUCGAAACCUGCGAACCAACCCAUCUAGAAAAUCUAGCAGCCGUCGUCGAGAUAGCACACAUCACCGACGAUCUCCCCGUCGUAUACAGCAAGCAACUCCAUCUGUUCAAGCUCAUGUACGACGUGGCAUGCAAAUACAUAAGCUCGAGGACAACACAUCCUGCGGUACAUGCAUCAGGAAGGAUACCAGACACGCCCUUCGAGAUGUUAUUUGUUGAAGCAGGUGUUCCUCUUCCUCCGCAGACGAUGCAUCAUGAUCAGGGCAUGACAUUUGGGGACUUUCCGGUUGGUGAGAUGGAUCAGAGUUUGACGCAUAGUAUGGAGCUGGGAAAUUGGUUUGAGCAGAACCAGGAAAUCUUUAUGAUGUUGGAUAACAAUAUGUAG